UGUGGCGGUGCUUAUAAGCCGGCCCGUUGUAGCAUUGGCUCAUCUUGUCGCCUGGUGGAGCGAGCCAUUUGCGAAGGAGCAUCGGUAGGUGAGACUUUCGACCGAUAUUUUGAAACGGUAUAUCCUUUUCCUGUUCAAACUGGGAAGUCGUAUUCCUGUAUUGGUAGGUUCACUGUUCUGUCUGGGGCUCUGUGUCUCGCACUGAUAUGAACGUCCUGUUUUGUCAAACUCCAUUGCUUGUCCCGCCCUGUUCACCCAUCUCUCCCCCACAUGCGAUACUACCUAAGUCGCCUCUUCCAACAUGGGAAUCGAAACUCACUUUGGACACGUAAAGCUUGAUACGAGAAUUCCAGGGACUAGAAACAAUCUUUAACCAUUAACAAAACAAAGAAGAAGAUCUAAAGGCAUUGAUGUUCCCCAGGGACGUGCUUGUUUCACUUUCACGCGGCUUCGUACGGCAGGUCUUUCGGUUUUCGUUUUGUUUAAACAGAUCUUCUCGGGUUCUACUGGAAGAAUAAAUGCUCUCUCCUUAAAUUUGGGUCGAAGAAACCGGCAGUGCAGAGUCUGUGGAAGGAGCAGAAGCAUGGGGCUCCUCGUCAUCUUCAUCCUCUUCUUCACCUGCAUUUGCAACCCCACGUCUUCCCAGUUGAUGUCAACCCGACAUGAUCAGGAAGCUAAGUGUGGGACGGUGGAUUGCGGGAUGGGGACGUGCCGGGAGACCCCGGCCGUGCUGCCCGGGUUCGCGUGCGACUGUUACUCCGGGUGGAGCAGGCCCCAGCUGGGCGGCUGGGUCGUCUGGCCCUCCUGCAUCGUGCCUAACUGCAGCAUAAAUUACGAAUGCGGCGGCGAACCUCCGGUGCCUCCGUCCCCGCCUCCGCCGUUGUUUCUGCCACUGGUUAAUUUCUCCCUCCCUUGCUUGUUCGUGCUGUGUGGAGACGGGGAGUGUGUGCCUAGCGGGAAUACUUACGAGUGCCAGUGCCACCAGGGCUCGGCCAAUUUGCUGGGCUUGCCCAUCUUCGCCUGCGUACAAAAAUGCAAUUUGGGAGCAGACUGCAGUAAUCUCGGGUUGGGCCCGCCGGCCACGGGGCCCCCGCCGUCGCCUCUGAAAUCUUCCGCCUCGCCUGGAACUGGUAAUUCAUCCCCGCCAUCUCCUUCAGCCCAUCCGCGAAAUGGAUUGGCGGGCGCACCGAAUUGUUCGAGGAGUUAUCGGGCGCUGUCAUGGAUGAUGAUGCUUCUUGCUGCGAUGGCCGUCUCGUGGAUUUAGCAGAGCAAUGCGAUGAGCUGCGUAUGGUUCGGUCACGCAAUAAUUUCAUUUCUGAUUAUAAGGAAGAUCAUAGAAGGGGCUCGAACAUUUGAUAGUACACUUAUACAUGGCUCUUUUUUCAUGAUGAUUACGUUGCCUCGCUUCUUUGAAAUCUGAUAUUUACACUAUAUAAAGCAU